AUGGCUGGACGUGUGGUCUUGGCCCAAGCUGUUAUUAAUGCACUUCCGUACUAUACCAUGCAAUCAGUCCAUUUGCCUAACUCCAUAUCCGCGGGGCUUGAGAAACGGGUAAGACGAUUUAUUUGGGGGGCUCCGAGGAAAAGGAAGCUUAGUCUCAUUAAAUGGGACGAGGUUUGCUUGCCGAAAGAUCUUGGAGGGCUGGGCAUUAAACGGCAGCGGUUGAUGAAUGAGGCGUUGCUCAUGAAGCUCGGUUGGAAAUUCCUCACCGACCAACGUUCAUUAUGGACACAAAUCUGGAAGGUCAAGUAUGGGACCAAUCCCUUUGAUGUUAUGUCUGGUCGCCGGAAACCAAGUUCGGGAAUGUUUCAAGCUGUUCAAAAAAUCUGGAAGUGGGUGGUUAGCGGCACACGUUGGGCUGUUCCUGCAGUCCCGCCACCACGAGAGGAACUCGGUUGUGACCAGUUGUACUGGGGACCCUCGGCUACAGGCAAGUUCACUACGAGAUCCGCCUAUGAAUUCUUGGACGCGGAGGGCGCAUCGAGACCGAUCCCGGGAUCUCUAUGGCGGGCUGUCUGGAAGUGGUCGGGACCCCAGCGUAUACGCCACUUCCUUUGGCUACUGGUGAAGAACCAUUUGCUCACCAAUGUUGAACGUAGAAGACGUCAUUUGACAGCCCUAGCAUUGUGUGAAAGCCGCGGUCAAGCCGAGGAUUAUGCUCUUCAUGUGUGUCGCGAAUGCCCGAUGGCAGCGGAGAUUUGGAGACGACUAUUACCAAGCUCGACACAUCACGAGUUCUUUUCACUAGAUUUGGAGUCUUGGCUGCAACUAAAUGGUUGUCUUUGUCGUUUAGUGGCGAUAUUAAUUGGGCGCGCACUUUUGGCGUGGUCGUGUGGAAACUAUAGAGCUGGCGUAACGAGUUACUUUUCCAGGGGAAGUGUCGUGAUGUCGAGGGCGGGCUGCAUGAAAUCUCAGAGUAUGUUGCUGGUAUGGUGUGCGUAA